AUGCUCUUCUUCAUCUAUGCCGUCAUUGGCAUGCAGACCUUUGGGAAGGUUGCCCUGGAGGAUGGAACCCAGAUCAACCGCAACAACAACUUCCAGACCUUCCCCCAAGCAGUGCUGCUGCUCUUCAGGUGUGCCACGGGGGAGGCCUGGCAGGAGAUCAUGCUGGCCAGCCUGCCUGGCAAGCGCUGCGACCCCGAAUCAGACGCUGGGCCCGGUGAGGAGUUCACCUGCGGCAGCAACUUCGCCAUCGUCUACUUCAUCAGCUUCUUCAUGCUCUGUGCCUUCCUGAUCAUAAACCUCUUUGUGGCUGUCAUCAUGGACAACUUUGACUACCUGACACGCGACUGGUCCAUCCUGGGGCCCCACCACCUGGAUGAGUUCAAACGGAUCUGGGCUGAGUACGACCCAGCUGCCAG